UUCUAGUACUAUUGAUGAUGUCAAGAAAAAAAUUCAAGAUAAAGAAGGAAUUCCCCCAGACCAGCAACGUCUGAUUUUUGCCGGUAAACAGGAUGGUCGUACUUUAUCUGAUUAUAAUAUACAGAAAGAAUCUACUCUUCAUUUGGUUCUACGUCUUCGUGGUGGUAUUAUCGAACCAUCACUUAAAGCUCUUGCAUCGAAAUACAAUUGUGAGAAAAUGAUUUGCCGUAAAUGCUACGCUCGUCUACCUCCCCGUGCCACUAAUUGUCGUAAGAAAAAGUGUGGUCACUCUAAUCAAUUACGUCCAAAGAAGAAACUUAAGUAA